AUUUUUGUUUUUAGUGAAGAGAACGUAUGGAAAUUAUGUGAACAAGUGAAAAAAACAAGACCCGAAGAACUAUCAAAAUGUUAUGCUGUUUUUGUAUCAAAUGAAGGUAGAACAGUUCCAUUAUGGAGACAAAAAGCUGGAAGAGGAGAUGAUCAAGUUGUUAUUUGGGAUUAUCACGUAUUUUUCAUGCACAAUCCAUCACCAUCAAGGUGUUUGGUAUUCGAUUUAGAUACAACGUUACCUUUUCCAACAUAUUUUCACAAGUAUGUAACAGAGACAUUUCGUUCAGAUUUAGCACUUAGACCAGAGCAUCACAGAUUUUUUAGAGUAAUACCAGCUGAAACAUAUCUAACAGAAUUUGCAUCAGAUAGAAGGCAUAUGAGAAGACCAGAUGGUAGUUGGAUAAAACCACCUCCAUCAUAUCCACCAAUACAGUCAAGUUCCAGCGCACAUAGUCUAGGUGAUUUCAUCUGUAUGACAGCGGGUAAAGGACCCGGUACUGUUUAUAGUUUAUCAGAAUUUGUUUAUACAUUUUAUAAAUCACAAUUAGCACAACAGCAAAAUAAUAAAUAAAAUUACGCCUAUGCUAUAUAUAUUAUAAAUAUUAUUAAUUAUUAUUAUUAAAAUUUGUAAUUAAUAAUUAUAUUAAAAAAAAAAAUUAAUUAUUAAACUUUAACUAUAAAUAUAAUUAUUUAAAAAAAAUUAAAAUAUAUUUAAAAUAUAUAUAUAUAU